UGAAAGGUCACGGCGCGGCGGCGGGUCUGGCUGGCGGCAGCUGCGGGCGGGAGCGGAGUGUCCCGUGUGCACGUGUGGAGGAGCGGCGCGGCGGCGGCACGUCUUCCCGCGUCUCCCCGGAGCUUCGGGGCCCGGCUUGGCUUUCGUGGCCUCCUUGGCCCCUCGGCGCCCUUCCCUCAGCCGAGAGGCCGGCGUGUGGGGUUGAGUGGCCUGAGCUCAGGGCGCGGAGAGCUCCAGGCGGCGAGGACGACGGCGUUGGUGGCGGCUGUAACGACGGCCUCAGCAGGCGGGGAAGAUGAAAGGUAGCCGGAUCGAGCUGGGGGAUGUGACACCACACAAUAUUAAACAGUUGAAGAGAUUGAACCAGGUCAUCUUUCCAGUCAGCUAUAAUGAUAAAUUCUACAAGGAUGUGCUAGAGGUUGGCGAGCUAGCAAAACUUGCAUAUUUCAAUGAUAUAGCUGUAGGUGCAGUGUGCUGCAGAGUGGAUCAUUCACAGAAUCAAAAGAGACUUUACAUCAUGACACUAGGAUGCCUUGCACCUUAUCGAAGACUAGGAAUAGGAACUAAAAUGCUAAAUCAUGUCCUAAACAUCUGUGAGAAAGAUGGCACUUUUGACAACAUCUAUCUGCAUGUCCAGAUCAGCAAUGAGUCAGCGAUUGACUUCUACAGGAAGUUUGGCUUUGAGAUUAUUGAGACGAAGAAGAACUACUAUAAGAGGAUAGAGCCUGCAGAUGCUCAUGUGCUUCAGAAAAACCUCAAAGUCCCAUCUGGUCAGAGUGCAGAGACACAAAAGACAGACAACUGAACAAAUUACAAAAGAACUUUCUUGCACUUGCUUGUCGCCAAAUAAAAGAAAGACCCAUUAAUUCCCCUCCCCCUUUCUUCAGCUUUUCUCCCUUGAUACUCCUCCUUUCUUUCCUCUUAAAGUUUGUAAUACUUUCAAGGACUCUUAAAAAUGAUCAUGUUUGGAUUGUUUCAGUUCUCUUAUUUUUGUGAGGUGGUUGGGUUGAAGGAAAGAGAAAAUAGGCCUGUAUAGUUUCACAGUUACGAUGUCCUCUCAAAUUGGGUACCAGAUUUUUUUUUUUGUGGCAUCCUGCUUUCACAUUGAAGAGCAGAGCCUACAAUAUUGUUUAUUUCAAAAGAAGCCGCAGCAAUAUCUUGUUCUCUAAUUCAUAGACAAGCUUAGUGUAUUUGUGGUACUUUGAGUUUUAAAGACUAUCUGUGGGAUGCUAAUCCCUGACAUUGCCUUCACUCUACCUUUAGUCCUUUGAGUACUCUCAGGAGUUGAACCAUUGUUAUUCUUGUGAGAAAAUACUAAGCUUAUUUGGGGUUUUAAAGCAGUUUUUCUCUAUAUUUGCUGAUUGCUGGGGCCAUUUGUGUAGUUAGUAUUAGACUUUGGUCAAAGUAUUUCAGUUAAACUGCUAUUUAGCUGGUGAGUGGGUUGCUUGUUAACAGGUUUUUAUUUUUUAUUUUUUUUUGGGUUUGGGUUUUUUCCUUCCUGCUGUAAAUCUUGUUGCUAGAGGCAUUAACUUGUAGAGUAUGAGCUGGUGAAAUUAACUGUUUUAAUAUCCCAGCUAGAGAUAUGGCCUUUAACUGACCUGAAGAAGAUUGUUAUAAUUGAUUUUUUUCCUUUUUUCAGUAAGCUCAAUAAUAGUGUAAGCUUAAAUGGAAUUAUAUUCUUAUAAGCCAAUACCCCUAAAUAAACCCGAAGCAAGUGUUUUUCUUGGACCUACAAAAUUACAUAAAAAACUUAGAUGGACUUAUAACACAUUGUUAUCUAAUGUCAACUAAUGCAAAUUGUUAGAACUGUGGCCAUUGAGCAUUUGAUAAUAUAUGAAAGAAUUUCUAGACAGUAUUUUUGAAAAUAACAUUGUUAUGCUAUUGCUUAUCUGUUGGAGAACAUCCCAGAUUGCUUACACUCUUGUGCCUACAAUGUUGAGUUUAAAGAUUUGGAAUAAGAGGAAUUGGCAAAUUUCUUCUAUUCUUGGAACAAUAGAAGUAUGAAGUGUUAAUACAAAUAUCACUGUGACCUCCGGUUGACAGGUUUGGUUAAGGCCAGAUCAUUUUCAGGCACAUUGGUAGUGGCUCUGAUGGGUUGAGAACUGUAAUGUGGAGACAUGUGAGAUAGUCAUAUUUUCCUCACAUAGCCUCAUCUCAAAAUACAUGGCAUUACUUAGAUUGUCAGUAGUCAUCAGUGGCUCAAGAAAUGUUCUUACUAGACUUUAAAACAACAGAGUAUGUUUUCUCUCAUUUGACUUUAAAAGGAAGUUUGAUACAUCCUCUUAGGAAAAUUGUGGUAUGAAAGUCUUAUUUCCAAAUAGGUUAAGAAAAUGCUUAUGCACACUUUAUAUCUCUUAAGGGUUUUUUUGCUUUUUUGUUUUGUUUUGAGAAUGUGAAAGUACAUUAAGUGGACUUCAGUAGUCUUGAGUGCCAAGAAAAUACAGACAAGGGGUGUGGUUGAUGGAUGGAUGAACGGACGGAUGGAUGGAUGAAUAGGGUAGGAAAAUUGUAGAAAUACCAUGCUUGUUUCUUGGGUAUCAGUCCAAAUCUAAGCUCAGAAGAAAGUUUAGUGUUAAGCACCUUUACUUCCAUGGAUAAGCUUCAGCUUACUCUUGCCAAGAGAAGAGGGCAUAAAUGAUAGAGCGUAAUUAGUUUGAAGAAGUCAGCCAUUUUGUAAACUUCCAGAUAGCAAAAUAGAUUUUGAUAUAUAAAAAGUUUUCUGAGAUGACACUGCCUCUAUUUCUAUAACCAUUUCACUUGGACUAUUUGAGUAGUCCUAUGAAUGUAUCCCUAAAUGUGGUUAUUGAAACCGAAUAGCUGCCUCACAACAAUUAAGUACAUGUUAUUUAAAGAGGAGGAACAAAUAAUAAAGUUUGAAUUGAGUGUGUAGGCUCCCUAUUAUUGUUUCCUUUUUCACACUAGUCGGUGAUUUAACCUAAAUUUUAAUUGUAUGUAAUGGGUCAAUUGUCCUGUAUCAAAGUUGCAUUAAAUAAUUCCAUCCACUUACAUAAGGGGAAGAUGUGAAAGAGGUAGAAACUGGGACUAGUCCAUAUGCCUGUGAGUCAAGAAAUUCUAAAACUAACACCCCAUGUUAAGUUUGUGGUUUAUGGUUUGGGUUCAUUUUGUUUUUAAUAUAUGAUAAAAAAAUAAUCUUUGAGGUAAAACAGUAAUUCUGUUAACUGGAAGAUCAUCAUUUUUCAGGACAGAUCAUUUUUAUUGUGGGGGUAAAUAGGUUAAAAAUAUUCUGUAUGCUAUUUGAAUUUAGGUUCUAAAGUAAAGAUUCUGUAGAAAAAUCUAUGCAAUGUAUAAUUUGUAAAGGUUAAUUUUCAUUUGGGGAAAGGAGUUCCUAAGUGUCUCCACGCAGGUCACUCAUUAAUUGAAAAUCCUCCAAAAAGAGAACUAUUGGGAAGCAUGGUGUGUGGUGGUGGAAAAGAAAAACUCCCUCAGUUUUUGGAGGGAAUAUCUUUAAGAUACAUAAGUGGCUACGUUUACUUGGUGCAGUUAAGAAUUAACCUUGUCAAUUUUAACGUUACUGUUACAUCUGAAAUAAACUUAUGUGAUGUUCUGGUA